AACCCAGACGCGAGUCGGUUUCCAGUAGUCUACCGGAGAAGAAGGUACCAGAGCUCGAUCUGAUCCCAGGUUCGCCUGCUUGGUUGGUCGGUACGCAGUUCAGUACGUAGCGAGAUUCGAACCAGUGCUGACGUCGGUCUGCGAGGUAAUAGCAGGCGUUGUGAUUGGUCGGUCCUUUGAGCACAUCGCAUGUGUACCGUUCGGUUCCAUUCGUUGUCAAGUGGUAUUGUUUUGUGUCGCGCGCGCGAAUCGUUUCGGGUUGUCAUCGCUACAAUAGUCGUCGACGAAGACGACGGAUUACGGGAGCGCCUACUUGGAGCGGGCGCGGGGGUGGCUCAUUUGCAUCUAGCUGAAGUGUGCGAAACAGUUACAGGAAAGGAUUUACUAGCAAUUGCCUUGCAAGAGAACGUCUGUUGAAGGCUUUUUCUCCCCUUUCGAGGCGAGUUGAGUGCCGCAUCUUGAAGAAAACAAAAGUGGUUGAUGUGACGACGACUACGGCGACAAGGUAGGCUGGUAGAUGUCUACCGAGUUGAUGUGCGAGUGGUUGUUCAUGACCUUCUUGGAUAUGCACACAAGCUGUGCAAUACUGUAUUGUGAAGAUUGGCUAGCAAGGGAAUAGUGUGUGGUAGUUAAACGCCGGAUGGAUCGGGCAUUUCGUUUUGAAUAUUAAUUGCCUGAUUGAAGUAUGCAUCACUACUGAUCCGUUCGGAGAAUGAUUCAGUGAGUAAACAGUGGAAUUCCCCGAGUGCAGCGAUUGGAGGAGGUGAUAUGAUUGAAACUAUCCGUCUGUGCGCGGCAAGUGAAACUGACCGCAUUUUAGGGAACGUCUACGGUAAAUCUACGGAAACCCGAAACUAGACCACAGCGAAUGGUUUUCGGUUCCGUUAGCGAGAUUUCUCAGUCAGAGCCGCUGUGUCUUGCCCAACCGUAAAGCGCUGGAGGUGUAUAGUGGUUACAGUUAAUUCUCCGUCCGUCUGCAUGAAUGAAACAUUAAACGUUGCUUAACACAAAAAUAACGUCAAGUUAUGACAGCUGGUUGCAACAAACCUCGAAGCCAGUCACAGCGUGACAUUUAAUACAGAAGAAGAGCAGGCAGAGUCGUAAAACAGAGCUUGAAGUCGUGGCCGACUGUGAUUGAAUUUCAAUUUCAAUAAAACAGUGUCGUCGUUGUUUUCAAGAAGUGUUGAACCAGUGUGUCUCGAAUGCAGCUGGGUGGGUUUAGUGAAAAGUUAGCGCUACAACACAACGAAAGCCAUUGUGGUGCAAUGUUUUGUUAAACUCGACGAGAAACCUACACACUCUGAGCAGUGGAAGAAGGUCGCUGUUGGUUUUGAGCUUGAAACUGAAUCCUGUGUAUCCGGUUUGUGAGCAGCGAAAGGGGGUUGGUUUGUUGUCAACGCCGGCUUGGAUUAUUUGCGUUUGUUUGCGAACGAGUUUUGCAAAGUUCUGGCGGCUUUUGAGGGUUUUGCUUUUCACACGCACAUAUCAACCGGAGUGCGCCAUCUGGUAUCGAACACAAAGAGCCAUCGGAAACAGAUGCAAUACGUGUAGCUGCACAAAAAGACAGUCAGUACCUAUUUUAUCGCCGCAGAGCAACAGCAUUGCUUCAGCCCCGGCACCCGGCAUCCAUCGUCCAUUUCUCUCGUUCGCAUCUUGAAGCAUAACAUGCAAAGUCCGACCGACUGCAAUCGUACAAUUUAUGCGAAAUUAUCAUAAAGACUCAGCCGACCGUGACUGCGCGGGGAGAUUUAUCAGCUUGUACUAGAGUUACUACAGCAACAACAACUGCCGAACCAUGGCACGGGCGCUCCCAUUACUGGCACUGUUACUCACGCACAAUUUGGCAAGUUCAUUUCCGCAGCACCACUACACGGACUACGUGCUGGGCGGAGAACUGGUCAGUGGAGGAGGGGCUGGCGGAACCACGACGGGAAUUGGAUCCAGUGGCACAGGCGGGACCGGCACCGGCGCCGGUGAACAACGAUUCACAUGUCCCGAACCGACGACCACCACUAGCGAUUGCACUUGCAUGUACGCCAGCUCCGAUUACGAAAUUCAAUGUCCCGUGAUUAAUCCGGAAAUUACGGUGAAAAUAAAACCUGGCAUCUACGCCCAGAUACAGUGCUACGAGAAGCAGGAGUUUAGCGACCUGCCAACGUUGAAUGUUGGCAACACGACCCAGGUCAAAAUCAUCCAUUGCCCGCUGCCACAGCGACAGUCCAUUAAGCAGUUCAUCAAAUUCCUGGGAGUUAACCACGUGAAGGAUUUCUGGUAUCAGAAUUAUGGGAAGGAUUUCGGAGUGCGAUUGAUCCGGCAGCAUUUCGAGGGUAUGCAUGAUUUGGAAAAACUUUUCCUCAGCUCAGGAAUCGAAGACAUCCAACCGGAUCUGUUUGCCGAUCUGCCGAACCUGAAGUGGCUCAUUCUACGAAGCAAUCAUGUCAAACUCCUGCACAACGUUUUCGAUAACCUGACUAACUUGAUUAUACUGGAACUGGGAGCCAACCAGAUCACCGAGCUUGAACCGGGUCUGUUCAAGAAUCAACGGAAACUACGACAUCUCAACUUGUGGCGCAAUCAGCUGCGUAACAUCUCCAAAGAAUCUUUCCGCGGAGCGGAAACACUCCAAGAGCUAGAUCUCUCCGUCAACGCGAUCGAAACGCUCAAUUCCGAUGUGUUCACGUUGCUUCCGGAUCUCACUGUCCUGAAUCUCGGGUUCAAUCGAUUCACCGUUCUACCCGAUAAUCUCCUUUCCGAAAACCGCAAGCUGCGGGAGUUCAAAUUCAUCAAUAAUCAGGCUCCGCUGCAAACCCUACCGGAAGCCUUUCUCGGCAACCUCCCUCAGCUGAAAUCGGUCAUCUUGAAUCGCUGCAGCUUCACGCAUCUGCCCGCAUCGCUGUUCCGCGGAUCGAGCGAAAUCACCCACAUGGAUCUGAGCUACAACCAGCUGGGAUCCGUUCCGGAGUUGCUUCUCCGCGAUCAGCUGCGUCUUCAAGAUCUGAAUUUGGCAUACAACGAACUGGAAUCGCUUCCGGAACACUUGCUGGAGAACACCCGGGAGUUGCUCACCCUGCGACUGUCGUACAACCGGCUCUACAAUCUUUCGGCAAACAUCUUCGCCUCGCUGGACAAGCUCACCGAACUGCACCUGAACGACAACUUCCUGCACGCCAUCGAUCGGCUCACCUUCAGCAACACCAAAGCCCUCGGAAAGCUGUACAUGCAAAACAACCACCUCUCCUUCCACGAUUUCAGUUUCGUCCUCCAGGAGCAGGACAUCGCCGACACCGAUGGCACACCGUUCCAAUACCUGGAAAACCUUCAAAUCCUAAACCUCCGCAACAACAGCAUCACCACCAUCUUCCGUGAUUGGAACUACAACAACCUGCAUCUGCGCGAGCUCGAUCUCAGCUACAACAACAUCUCCACCCUGUCCUAUCUGAGCCUACAGUUCCUCUCGCAGGAUGUCCGCGUCAAUCUAACGCACAACCGAAUAUCCGAGAUCGAUCUCAAAGACAUGGAGCCCAUCAUCACCUCCCAGCGAUCGCAGGACGACAGCAAGAUCUACGUCUACGUCAACGACAACCCCCUGAACUGCAACUGCGUUAUCUUCUCGUUCGUGCAAUAUCUCCUGAACGAGCUGGAUAGCGCCGUCUACCGACGGAUCCAAUUCGUAGCGGACGAUCUUCGCUGUUCAGAACCACAGAACCUAGAAGGCGUCCACGUAUCCAAACUGCAAACCAAAGACCUCCUCUGUCAGCUGGAUCAACCUGGCACGGAAAUCAAGCAUUGCCCAGCGAACUGCAGCUGCCACGUGCGGCCACUCGAUCGCGGAGUGAUCGUCAACUGCACGCGUCAAGGCCUAACGGAAAUACCCGCGUUGCCGCAACCCACCAUGUUCGGAUACAACUUCAUCGAGUUGCACGUGGAGGACAACAACAUUACCGAGUUGCCGACGGAGAACUUGACUGGCUAUGGCAAGGUCGCCGAGCUGUACGCCCGGAAUAAUGCGAUCGUUGAACUGCUCCCGGAGAAUCUACCGAGUAGCCUGAGGAUACUGGAUGUGACGCAGAACAAAUUCGUUAUGCUAAAUCAGUCGGUCGUCGAGUCGCUGAACAGCAGUAAGGUCCUGGAGAGCUUGCACUUGUCGGGAAAUAAAUGGCGUUGCGAUUGCAGCUCAGCGCAGUUCCUGAACUUCGUCCAGCAGAAUCACAAAAAAAUAGCAGAUCUGGGUCAGAUAACGUGCGAAACCGGUGAAGAGUUCAGCUUGAUCACGGUGAACAGCUUGUGCAACGAGAGCGUGACAACGGUCAUAACCGUCAGCGUGAUCUUGUCGAUAUUGGGACUGCUAAUAGGGCUGUUCACGGUGCUGUACUUUGUGUACCACAUGGAGAUCAAGGUGUGGCUGUUCACGCACAACAUGUGCCUGUGGUGGGUCUCGGAAGAGGAACUGGACAAGGACAAGCUGUACGAUGCCUUCAUAUCGUACUCGCACAAGGACGAAGAGUUCAUCACGGAGCACCUGGUGCCGACCUUGGAGAAGGAACCGAUGAACUUCAAGACGUGCUGGCAUGUGCGCGACUGGAUGCCCGGAGAGCUGAUUCCGACGCAGAUCGCAAAAUCCGUGGAGGACUCCCGGCGAACCAUCGUCGUCCUGUCGACCAACUUCCUCGAGUCGGUUUGGGGUCGCAUGGAGUUCCGCACGGCCCACCUCACCUCGAUGGAGGAGAAGCGCGCUCGGGUGAUCGUCAUCAUCUACGGAGACAUCGGCAGCAUCGAAGAUCUGGACCCGGAGCUGAAGGCGUACCUCAAGAUGAACACCUACGUCAAGUGGGGUGAUCAAUGGUUCUGGGACAAACUGCGCUACGCGAUGCCUCAUCCUCCGACCGUCAAAGGACUCAAGGGCAAGGGUUUGAUCAAGAACCACCUGAAGAGCUCCGUCGACGAUAAGCUGGAGUUGAUCAAGCCCGUUCCGGUUACGCCGCCGCCACUGACGACUCCUCCAGCCGAAAUGAACGGACACGCCAGAUCACCUCCGUUCACCAUCUCCAACGGAAAGGUCGUCAACGGCAACGGUUACCACAUCAAUGGACACGUGAUGAACGGUCACGUCAACGGACACAUCAACGGAGCAUUCGUUAUCAACAGCAACGCCAAACAGAGCGACGUAUGAAAAGGACUUGACUGAUCACUAGAUGUUUGAGAUUAGAAAAAACGACACGUCGGAGAAAACGAUCAGAAUACAACCGAAGAAUGUGAUAUGAAACAAAAAAAAUAUCAAAGAACCCAAAACAAGCAGAGUAACUUAGUAUCUUAGUGAAACCCAGCAACGACGAUUUGAGUAGAAAAUCUGACACGAAAUUUAGUCUUUUCGAAGCGAUCUCUAAAAUAAAUGAACACUGAAUCUGAACUGAAUCGCGAUCUUACGAAACGCUAGAGCUUCUAUUGAAAACAAAAUGGAAACAGAUCAUUUAGAAAAGCCUUCUGUGUACAUACGAGACUUAUUUAUUUCUUAACGGGAACCUCGAAUAAGCAAUCUUUAGUUUAAGUGUAAAACUAUGUAUGUAGAUGUUUUUUUUCGUAAUAAUGUUUGAUAGCAAUAUAUAAACUCGUUUCCUACUUCACAAAUUAUUGAGAUUUAAGCAUACAAAUUUUAUUGUUUUAACACGUCGUUUGUGCUUUUUUCUCUUUGUCUAGCUUUUAUUAGUGUAAGCCUGAGUCGAAGAAACGAGAUUUAUACACCUAGGUAUAUGUAAAUCGUCUAGUUUGCCUCGAUCGAAGUUCGUUUUUACCACAUUUUUUGUAAAAAAAACAAUCAUAGAACCGUAUAUUUACUUUACCUGUACACACUUCAACUACAUACACUGCUAAGACGACAAAGAACUAGAUUGUAAGUAGUUUGCGUUUGAAACAAGUAUCUGAUCUAAUCCAAAUAAUAAAAAAAAACUGCAUAUUAGGAUGCUGUUAGUGGAAUUGAAGUAUUGAAACGAGAGUUUGGCGUAGAGAUCUACCACGGAAAACAGUAUGCAAAAGACUAUCGAUAGAAUAAAACUGUACAUUUUUAAUAAG